UUCGGCUACAGCCAAUGAGAACUCAGCCCGCGCAGGUUUGGAAGCAACAGAAGGGGCGACCGCGGAGGAGGCAUUGAAGGUGCCCCACCGUAGGGCGGGGAGGGAGAGAAGCGCAACCUUCGUCUUUGGAAAGCCGUCCUAAGAGCCUAGUGCUGGACAUUCGGUCUCUGCCUCCUGGACAUCUACAACAAGACUGCUGUGAAAUUUACCAGGCACAUGUCUCUACCCCAGCAAGAUCUGAAUUUAGAGCCGGCCAAAGAACAGAUCUUGGAAGAGUGUGAAGAAAUAUGGAAAAACGUGGAAGAGUGCCAGAACAAAUUAACACUGCAAGAAAGAGAAAACCUUCCUGCUACCGAUUCCAAGCUAUCUUUGCUACUGCACCGGGCGAAGAGUUUAACAGCAGAAUUUAACCAGUGGCAGAGAAGAACACCAGAAAUAAUUACUACCAAUCCAGAUGUUCUGGUGGAAUUAGGAAAAGAUCAGUUGCAGAGAUUAGAACGAGAUCUUGAAAUGGUUUUAUCAACUGUCCAUGCAAAGGACAAAAAGCUGAAGGAAGACUUGCUAAGAGAGCAGCAGUGGUUGGCAGAACAACAGCAGCUCAUAGACUGCCUUGAUCAAACUGAGAAAGAAAUGAGCAAUCAAGUCGUACAGUUUUCCGAGGAAAGAGUCUUCCAAGAACUGAUAAGUAAAAUGCUGAAAAUAAAAGCCUACAAGGAAGAGAUCUUAAAUGCCCUUGGGGAGUUCCUGGAGCAACAUUUUCCUCUCCCUGAAGAUAACGGAGUUAAAAAAAGAAAGACACGUUCAUCUGGAGAACAAGAUGUACAACUGAUAACGUUGCAUGAAAUUUUAGAGAGCCUUAUCGAUAAACUAAUAAAUCAACCACAUGAUCCAUAUGUAACAAUAAGCAAAUCAUUUUGGUCACCUUAUAUUGAACUCCUGCUGCGAUAUGGGAUUGUAUUGAGGCACUCAGAAGAUCCAAGCAGAAUACGACUAGAAAACUUUCACGAGUAAUGAAAGAUAGGCAUUGAAUUAUCUCUUCUGAACGAAAAGAUCACAAGCAUGAUGCUUACAUUUUUUCCAUCUGUGGUUCAAGCUGCAUGGAGCAUGGAGUCAACAGACUAGUAUUUUGAUAUGACAUUGGAACAGUUAUUUUACUGUCAUUUUUGUUUCUAUUAGUAGAUAAUGGUGGCGUUCCGAAAAGCAGACUGUUAAGAGACCAACUCAGAUUAAAGGACUGUUUUAAAUGGA